GUUAGAUGCGGGCACGAUGUAAACAAUUGAUGUAAACGAAUCGCUGAUUGGCUUAAAUUGGCUUAAAUUAUAUAAGCUCGUCGCUGAAUGGCUAUCUGCUAACAUACGGUACGGUACGGUCACGGCACGUUUGCGAUAGCAUAUAUAUCUGCUUCGCAGAUACAAAAAUAGGUACGCGACGCGUACAUGUAUCUGCGAAAAAACUUGAUUCACAUUUUCAUCACUUAUUAUAAUAAAUAUAAUAGCAAAUAAGAUUUUAAAGUCAAACAUAGUACAAAUCUAACAAGGCUGUAGACAGCACCACAGAAUAAGAAGGUACAGCAGAAGUGUAACACAAGCAAGUAUUUGUCCGCGUUUUUACAAGUGAUUCGUCAUCAAUCACACCAUCCUGGCUAGUACAACCGGCACUUGGCAUCUACCAAAACCUGAUAAAAACUUCCGGUUGUACUAGCCAGGAUGGUGUGAACGAGUUAAAAUUUUCGUGAACGUAAAACAAUAAGGGAACCGACUCGAGUUACACUUCUGCUGUACCUUCUUAUAUUCUGUGACAGCACGGAGGGCAGCAGGGGCAACUCACCCCCCCUCCCUCCUGCGGAGAAAAUUUAACUAAUUUUAUGUGAUUGCGAUUGGGUCAUUCCAGAAAACAUCCAUACCACCCCCACAGAGGAAAUAGGAAGUUAACCCCCCUACUCCCUUCUCAUGUCCUAAUACAUUUACUAUUAUCAUAAACAAUUUUUUCUCCCCUCCGGACGGCAGAAAUUUCCUCUGUGGGGGGAGUACAGGUUUUUUCUGGAACGACCCAUUGUAACUCGGAUAAUUAUGCGGUCAAAAAAUAAAAAUCUCAUGCAAACAAUAUUCGAAGUGUCUAUUUAGUAAACUGUCACUUGUGAAUCCAUACCCCUUUUCAAAACUUUAUUGUAAUCAUAUGAAGCAGAAGUUCUGUCACUUGUUGUUUACACUUGCCAACAUUAACUGUUGAGUAACAUACAUAAACUAUUCGAGGAACAUGCAUCACUGUAGCAAAAAGUCAAUCAUAUAUCAAAGACCACUGAAUAGUACACUGUAAAUUUCAGGGAGUUAAUUUAAUUCCAGUGGUAUUAUUCUGAACCUAAUUUUACUCCACAUUUGGAGUUAAUUGAGGUUCAGUAUAACUCCACUGGAGUUAACUUAACUCCCUGAAAUUAACAGUGUAGAGAAUGUUUUGAAGGUCAUGAGUGAAGUAUAUAUAAUUCAAUGCCAAUCCUGUGCACAGUUAAUGAUAUACCACACUGUUCGGUUUAACACAGCAUAUCCACACAAAAACAAUUUGUGUUGUGGUAGAAUAUCAGUUUGAGUAGAAGGUAUCACAAGUUUAGUUUUGUACAUAUUGUGUGCCAUUGAUCUGAUUCAUCCAUAUAAUAUAUGAUUAUUGUAGUAGGCCAUGGGCUGUUGGCCAAAAUUAUUUCGCUUCGUGGCACCCAUGUGGGAAAUACUUGGUUUGGGGUUUAUUUGAAAGGCAUAUAGGUACAUCACUACCAAAAAAAAGUUCCCAAGCAAAAAGUUGCCCAAUAGCGAGAAAAUGGGUGAUCAAUGAUUAUCCUCUAUUAAAUUGUAUUACAGCAAAAAUUGGGAAAUUUUAUAAUUCAAUUACAAUAAAAAUGACUUCCAUCAUCGGAAAACGUACAAAAAACUGCAUAUAUAUAAGACUUUUAAACAGUUUUUUGAUUUUUCAAAUAGUCUUUGAGUUAUUGCUGUUUUAAAUGUGAAAAUUGGACCAAAAUGUCGCAAUAAGGACUGGGUACUAGGUCAAAAACGCGUUUUUGACAGCGUAUAACUCGAAAACAAUUUUAGAUAUAAAAAAAACUGUUUAAAUGUCUUAUAUGUAGGUUUUUGUAAGCUUUCUGAUGAUGGAAGUCAUUUUUGUUGUAAUUGAAUACAAAAUUUCACAUUUUAUUGCUGUAAUACAAUUUAAUAGAGGAUAAUCACUGAUCACCCAUUUUCUCGGUGUUGGGCAAGUUUUUUGCUUGGGAACUUUUUGUGGUAAUUAAGCAUCUAUGGUUCUAUGCAUUGAACCACAGAAAAUCUAUUUCCCAGGGGGGUGCCACGAAAUUGCUUUUCUAGGCACUUUUUCACACAACAGCCCACGGCCUAUAGCUGUUAAGUUAUCCAUACUAAUGAAUUUAGGUAAUAUUGUCUUGCAAGUGGGUUGUUCUGACAAAAUUAUCUAGCCAACAUCCAGUACAUUUAUUCAUCAUUCUUGCAUUAAUUUCUAAAGAACACAAUUAUGUUAGAAAGCAAAAUAACAAUAUAAUGAGGAGGGAGAGUGGGGAUUCUUUUAUUAGCAUUUGAAAAUGUUUGUAAACAUUUUGUUUAAAAACUCUAAUCACUGUUAAACCAAAAUGUAUAAGUAUUUUAACUGAUAACAUCGAACAGAGUUUACUACAGAAAUACAAGACCAAGAUUUAAUUCAAUAUCUCCUGAGAACAUUAGUUUCUUGUGACAUUGUUCAUUGUCAUUGACAAAUAUAUUGCCUGCUAUGUUUUGACUGUUUAACUGAAUAUUACACAACAAAAUGAUUGUUUUACUGUAUAAAUACAUAAUAAGAUAAUAAAUAUGUCGUAUUUGACUACUUACCAGAUGAGGAUAAGUUUCCAUGUCGAUAGUAACUUCGGAAAAUAGCGCAAACAAGACAAAAUCAAGAUAUUUUCGAAGCCCAAAUGUGAAAAUGGCAAAGAAUAACACGAGGCCAAACGCCGCCCGUUCGCAGGUUAGAUGCGGGCACGAUGUAAACAAUUGAUGUAAACGAAUCGCUGAUUGGCUUAAAUUGUCUUAAAUUAUAUAAGCCCGUCGCUGAAUGGCUACGUGCUAACAUACGGUACGGUACGGUACGGCACGUUUGCGAUAGCAUAUAUAUCUGCUUCGCAGAUACAAAAAGGAGACCUUUAGAAAUCAAGCAUAUUGUUAAAAUUUGAAUGCCUUUUCAAUUGCACAUACGCUGAACCGUAGUGCGUGAAAUAUCGAUGGAGUGCAUAUAUUAGAAAAAGGAGACGUUUGAAAAUCAACCAUUGUUAUAAUUUGAAUCCUGGAGCACUUUGCUAAGCCCACGAGUGCGUAACAUGCGAUCUACGUACAGUAUGCAUGGCAGAUUGUUCCCAGGUGCAGACGAUCUUUUGUUUAAACGUUAUUUCAAUUUCUAAAGGUCUCCUUUUUCUAAUAUAUGCACCCCAUCAAUAUUUUGCGCACUACGGUUCGGCAUAUAUGCUAUUGAAAAGGCAUUCAAAUUUUAACAAUAUGCUUGAUUUCUAAAGGUCUCCUUUUUUUUAUACACCCUGUACAGGGUGUCCCCAAAAAAGUGACACUAUAGAAAUUAUUCUAUUGUUAUAAUUUGAAUGCCCUAGCACUAAGUUGAUCCCACAGGUGCAUAAACUUCUGCUUCUGGAAUUUAAAAUAAAGAAGCAAACCGUUUAUUAGUGUAACCGUUUUGCUUGACUCGGGCGUUAAAAUAUUUGGACAAAGCGAAAACGUUUUUUAAUGCUUAAAUGUAAAUACAAGUUCAUUAAAUUCGCAGGCGUGCAAUCACGCGCGUUUAAGAGCGGCUUAAGAACAAUGAGAUAAUUUCUAUAGUGUCACUUUUUUGGGGGGACACCCUGUAUAAUCAAGAAAUGACUACAUGCAUGGUUGGUUCGUUUGUUAUCCAUUUGUAAUCUACUCGUUGUGAAAGCUUAUUGAACACACUCGUUCGCUACUCUCACAACUAGUACUCAUAAAUAAAAAUCGUAUGCACUAACAAAUCAUGAAGUAAUCUAUAUUAUAAUAUAUCCUAUCACUCAGUAGCCUACUUUUACGAGGAACCUAUAUGACGUAAUGCGUAGUCCGAUGGCACGAGCUUGGUAUGUGUUCAAGCAAGCACGCUAAUCCGGUGGUAAUCCUUAAGCACAAGCGCUAGUGUGACCGCUACCUUAGAUACUGUCUACAAUUUUAAUUGUUUAGGUCGUUGUGUUUCUCUCAUCCGAAGUAUUUCCUCUAAUCUUCACUGCGCAAAAUGCUUUCAGAUGGUGAAAUGAAGUAAGAUUGAAAUCUAUAUAUUUUGCUUGAAUGAAAAACGUGACAAGAAUUUGGUUUUAACUACUGCUCGACAAAAGCGCUCAUGGAUUCAACCAGAACGACUCUCGAGGUGGCAAAGGAGCAGAAGCAUUUGCCAACAAUGCAAUCAAAUUAUCAAGACAUAUCGUCGACAUUUGGCUGGAGAAACUUUAGACCAGCACACCUAAAGUUUCUGACCAGUCCAAAAUGGUUUAUUGUGAUUAUAAUGGUGUACACACUUUUUGCAGGUAAAAAAUGUGAAGUUCAAUAUCAGUAUAUUGGGUCAUAUUGUCUUAUUCUGGCGCGCUUAACGCAUCUAAUUAACUAGCGCGCUCAACGCAAUUUUGUCUCAAUCUCAUUUCUUGUAUUUAUAAUUAUUCGAGCAGCCUCUUUGUGAAGUAUUUGUGAAAAUCGACUGUGUUUCGCCAGAAAUAUUCCAUACUUUACAGCAAUAUUUAAAAUACACGGUUGGACUAUGUAUGGCAUUAUACACGUAGACAGAGUCCAAGAAUUCCUUAACACCUAAUCCUGAUGAGAUUUUAAAUGUUGAUCAUUAGUUACUCCCAGUGUUUUACAUUGGUCUGUCUUCUGUGAGGACGUUAAUUAAGUUGGCUGGAGACUUUAAUUACUAAUCUUGGUUUUACUCCAUCAACAUAAAUUCAGAUUUGUAACAUUUACACUAUGUUUGUUAGCUAUCAACUAUUUUUUGGGGUUCACCAAAUCCGAAUUCAUUGCGCUGUUUCGAUAAUCAAAAGCUGUCAAGUGCGACAUAUGUGCGUCAUCGGAAAAAAUAAUUGAGGUUUCAUUUAGACAGAUAUUUAUUCUUCCAGUAUACAGUUACAAUUUUGAUAAAAUAUAAAGAUACAACUAGGUUACCUAAAAUGUAGUAAAUGCUGCCUUUAAAAAGCACACGCCAAAAACGUUUUAAAAUACUGUCUAUAGCAUAGUCUAUAGUGAGUGCAAAUCAAAGAUGUGUUAUCGCAUACACGAAAUAUAUAAAUACAAAAUUUGAAGCGUAGCCUAACGUCUAAAGGCCAUGUUACACGGUAGAAUUUUUCUUGCAACUUGCAAUGCAAUUCUACUCUUGAGAGAUGUAAAAUUGCCAAAUACGAGUCUUCAUUACAUUCUGCUGAUAUUUUCUCAACAUAUCGAAAAUUCUUCACUGAUUUCACUAAUUAACGUCUCUGAAGAGUAGAAUUACAUCGGCAAGUUGCAAGAAAAAUCGCACCGUGUAACAUGGCCUUAACGAUCAGUCUGCUUUCGCAGACUACCUAAACUGCGAAACGUAUUAAAAUACUAUCAUUUAUAAUUAUACAGCUAGUAGCUUUACCUGACAGUGUGCAAUAUUGCUUUUAAAAACAGCGUGAAAGUGAAGAAUUGUAAAUAUUUAAUAUAAGUUAAAUAUUUGCAGCUUGUCGCAGUGAAGUUGCACUGGAACUGAAGGGUGUUUAUACAUUGGCGAUUUCAUGUCGCCAUCACGUCAGCAGAAAAAAUCGCACUUAUAAAAAUCGCAGCAAAAAUUGCAAGUGUAAACAGGCAUUGAAAUAUAGUUAAAUAUAGCAUCAUUAGACUUAAUAUGAAAUCCGAUAGUAUUUGCCGUUUGUAUUUGUACGCGUACUAUAAAAGCAGCGCGUAAUUCAACAGAUUCUACUUGAUAUAUUCUUGCUUAUGCUUAUUUUUAAAGAAUAAAGAUUAAAGGAAUAUUACUUCCAUAAACAUAAAACAUUCACACGUAAUUAUUGGCCAAAUCUCCGUGCCACCGAUUCACACGCAAGUGUUCAAUGAGACGCACGUGCAUGUUUAAUAACUGUCACCAGUGAUUGCCCUUUAACCCCUGGUCUUGGCAACAAAUGCAUUACUUUCGGCUCAGUUGGCUCGCUGCGAGUAAUAAUUGUGCUUUAUCAGUAAUUUGUACUGUAUAGUUCUAUUUACUCUUAAUUCCGCAGCAAUCCAUAGGCAUGCGGUACCCUUGUUGAGUUACUAAACUUUGUUUGUCCACUCUGUAUUCUCGAGAAAAAGAGAACACGUGCUCGAAUGAAAUUCGUUCAUAUAGCCGCGCGUUGCAUGUUGGUAAAAUGACUUUCAACCAACAUGCUUUGCGGCUCUAGCAAGAUUGAGAUUUUGAGUAGCUGUACGAUUUUAGUCUGCUGCCUUGCUCGCUCGCUUAAUGCUCGCUCAGGCUCUAGCAAGAUUGAGAUCAGUUUUGAGUAGCUGUACGAUUUUAGUCUGCUGCCUUGCUCGCUCGCUUAAUGCUCGCUCGCUGCGGCAGCAAUUAAUGUGGAAGGAAAACUGACAAGCCCGUCAGGGCUUUUCUGGUAGUCCACCCUAAAAACUUAAAAAAACUAAUAUAACAAAGAAAAUAUAGUCUAUAAUGCCAGAUUCUAGAUAUAUGAGGUAAACUAAUACAAAUUGAGCUUAUAAAGUUAAUUAGUAUUUACAUUUUUUGUGAGGACCUAAUAAUCUUCUCAAGAAAGAAGAUAUAAUUUUAGAUUGCACUUAAAUAUGUAUUUACUCUCGCUAUUGUUAAUGCAUUCUGGCAACAUAUCCACAAUACAGUGCAUCUGUUUUUUUGUGGAAUACAGUCCAUAGUUUGUUUUAUUGUAGUGUCUGUAUGUAAUUUCAAAGAGCCUCUGGUAUUAUGGCUAUGAAUAACAUUGUUUAUUACGCAAAGUGAAUCAAUUGUUUAUUACGCAAAGUGAAUCAAAUUCAGUGACGUAGCCAGCCCGACGAUUUGGUCCCGCUAUGCAAAUUUCGACUCAUUAUCAUUAUUCAUUUCCAGUUUAGAAAUUGAUUGUUUUGAUAGUUUAUAAACAUGGCGCGCAAUAUUUGCAAAACGGGACUGAAUCGUCGGGCUGGCUACGCCACUGAUCAAAUUGAGGUGGUAGUGUAUUUUUACUGCGUGAACAAAUCAAGUUGAAAAGCAUUUAUCUUAUGUUGAUCUUUAGUAUAGAGAAAAUGGUUGAAGAUGCCUCAUGAGAACGUUUAAGGCAAAAAUGAUAUUAGUUUCAUAAUCUUUUUCUGUAUCGUUGAUACUGACUUUAAUCUUGUUGUAGCCCAGAGUAUAUUUCCGUAAUAUAAAUAUGGGUAAACAAGAGUUAUAACAUAGUGUUAUGAGAUGUUUUUUAUUUAGGUAGUGACAAACCUUACAAAGAAUCGGUUAGAUACUUUCAAUAAAUUUUUAGUUACGUAAUCAAUAUGACUUUCCACGUUAAGUGUUCAUCGAUUAUAAUACCAAGGAAUUUAGUUUCUCUAGCAUUUUGUAUAGUUUUAUCAUUAAUCUUAAAGGUUAGAUUUGAGUUAAGUUUAAUCUUUUUAAUAUUUAAGGUAAGCUGAUUGUCCUUAACUUAAGCUGAUUUUCCUUAUACUUGCACAAGUGUAAAUUCAUAAUUUAAUUCUAUUUCGAGUUGUUUCAGGUCUUUUCCUGAACGAAAUAAAUUGGUGUCAUCUGCAAACAAUAUAAACGAAGGAUUUCUUGAGCAAUUAAUAUGUAUAUCAUUAAUAUAUAAGAGAAACGCAAUGGGCCCAAAACUGUUCUUUGAGGAAUUCCACAUUUGAUCGUUUUUUCAUUCGAGUAAGUUUCAUUAUAUUUAACUAUCAUUUUUCCGUUUGUCAAGUAGUUUGCAAACCAAUUAUUGCAUAUACUUCUAAUUUCAUAAUGAUUAAGUUUUGUAGCCUAGUAAGAUUUUAUGACUUACGGUGUCAAAUGCUUUAGAAAGAUCUAGGAAGACACCAAUAGCAUAUUCCCCGUUUUCUAUUGCAGUAGUUAUUUUGUCAACUAGAUCAAUUAUUGCGAGACUUGUUGAGUAGUUAACGCGAAACCCGUACUGUUUGUCAUAGAGGUUAUCAUAUUUAUUGAUGUAGGAUGUUAAUCGUUUAAACAUUAUUUUUUGUAGUAUUUUUCCAAAACAUGAGAAGACUGAGAUAGGUUUAUAUUCGUAAAUUUGGUUUAGUUACUAGUCUUACAAAUGGGUGUAACUAACGAUAUUUUUAACUGACGAGGUAUAAUACCAGAUGUGAAGGAUAGAUUGAAAACAUGGCACAGUGGUAAAGAAAAAAUAUGUAAAACAUGUUUAAUAAGUUUGGAACUUAUUCCAUCGAUUCCGCAGCUGCUUUUAGGUUUCAUGGAGGCAAUUAUUUCUUCAAUUUCUUUGUUUGAAGUGCUGUUUAGAAACAUAGAUUUUUGAUAGUCACCUUUUAGGUUAAAAAACUUUCAAUUUCUUACAGUGAAAUUGUUAGAAUUCUAAUCGAACUUCUUAGCUAAAUUAACAAAAAAAACUCCAUUAACAAAAAAAUCAUUAAAUCUAUUCGCAAUUGUGUUUGGGUUGUUUAUUUCACAGUCACCUUGUAGAGUAAACCUAGAAGGUAGCUGUUUUCUCUUUUCUUUUUUACAAAUUAAUUUAUUUAGCCUAGUAUUUUCCGUGUACUUUUUAAAUCAGCUUUGGCAUCAUUUAACCGUUUUUGAAAACGCCUUUUCUUAUAAGAUGGUUUAAUUUAUUUACGAAUAUUUUAUAGCUACUUUGUUCUAUUAAAUUCUAUUGGAUUGCAAACUAAACCAACGAGAUUAACAGAACAUACAGAGACCUUAAUGGACCAUUUGCAUUAUAGACUAAAUUUUGAUCUAGACAAAAAUUCCAUCACAGCUUGAAAGAGCAUCACAAAAGUGACAAAAUUAGUAAUAUUCCAAAGUUUCGUUGCGAAAUGUUGUAAAAUGCUGAUAAUAUAGCCUUGCGAAGUUUGCCAUUUUUCAGUCAUUUGUAUUACGCACGGGAAAUUAACAGUCCAAUCAGGCGUUGAGGCAUCAAUAUCUCGUUUGUAAUACAGCUAUAUUAUCCGCAUUUUACAACAUUUCGCAACGAAACUUUGGAAUAUUACUAAUUUUGUGAUGCUCUUUCAAGCUGUGAUGAAAUUUUUGUCUAGAUCAAAAUUUAGUCUAUAAUGCAAAUGGUCCAUUGACAAUAUAUUUUGCAAUCAAGUGGAAUAUUAUUUAACAAUUUAUCAAAUCACCUGCAGUAUUCCUAAUAUGUCUAGAUUAUAAUCAAAAUCAGGUUGAAAGCGAGAAGCUAAGUAAAACUCGAACAAUGCCUGAUGCACCACGAGAAUACUUUGUUAAUUAAUUAAAUAAUCAAACAUGGUCAUCUACGCUAUAAAAACUUGACGUUUGAAAAAUCUUAUGAAGAGUUUCAAAAAACCUUUCGAGGAAUUUUCAACAAAGAUUUUCCAGUUAAAGUGGUAAAACUAAAAUACAACAUAUGCCCUAAGAAACAAUGGAUAACUAUAAUGGUCCAGGACUAAUAAAAUCCACGAAAACGAAAACUAAACUAUGCAGGAAAUUUCUUGGUUGAAGAAUCUGUUUGCAAAAGUACAGUUUUCAUAGUUGAAUAAAUCGAUGUUACAGCGCGAACAGGCAAACCGAAGCAACUUUUGCGUAUUUUUAAUGUUUUCAAACUAAGCCAAAACAUUGCACCAGCGGGUUAUUUAAACCAUGGCUAUGUCAUAAGUUCAUAACCGUAAAAAGUUUAGUCAAAAUAAUCCGCCGGUGAUUGGUUUUGGCUUAGUUUGAAAACAUCAAAAUAUGCAAAGCGGCCUUGGUUUGCCCGUUCGAGCUGUAAAAUCCUCCAUUAGAUAGCAAGGUUUAUUUUCUCUAUCUACUGUACUUUCGAUAAGAAUAUAGAUUUCACGUGAAGAUUUUCAAAUUCAUUAUAUAUAUUUGCUAUUGGGUGGUCGAUAAAUAAUUCCGACUAUAACAUUAUAGGGCUAUUAGUGUUUAGGAUUUCAAUAAAUACAGGGCCUCUUUUAAGGAUGUGUAACUGGGGGGGGGGGACAUAUUUCGCGGGGGACCUGGAGAAGUUCCAGUCGGCAAGUCUGUAUCACUGCAGCUACCAGCAUAUAUAUGCAUGGUAACUAAUAAGUAUACGUUAUAGAGCAGCAGAUCAGGCCCGUUACUAGGAUUCUGAGACAACUGAGUCGAGCACCGAAGGUACGAGCCAUCUAGAGGGGUCUGGGGGCAUCCCCCCAGAAAAUUUUGGACUUCCUGAAUCUCAGAUUAGCUAUUUCCAGCAUUUUGAGGAGUGUUCCAACAAGAAAUUAACCUUAUAAACAGUGACACAAUUACUGUCAUUUUACAGUCUCCCAAAUGUAAUUCAGUCCCAAUAAGGCAACAUGAUGUGAUGAUGAGGUAAUGAAAAUGUGCGUGGUAUAGUAUUAUCAUUCACCACACUUCAAAUUCUACAGUACAGUAUUACAUGUAUUGGGGUACUUGACAUCGACACAUUUGUCUUGAACCUUCUCAGUGUCACUGAAGAGUAAGAUAGGGUGGUCUCUUUGGAGUAUCUUGGAGUAUAAUUUCCUCCUAAAAUGCCAUUUCAUGCCUUUUUCCACGAGCAAAUUAUUUCAGCUAUGGUUUAGGUUUCUGGCGAUGUUUAAAUUUCAGUCCCCAAAUUUCGACCGAGUCAACUGAUUCGAUUGACUCCGCUGCAUGGUGACGGGCCUGCAGAUGAUGGUCAAAUUCGGAAAUGUUAACAACUUAACAUCAUUUUCUCACUUUGAUAUAUAAUUGCUGGUUGACCACCUACUGCAGGUAGUUCUUAGGGACCUUGCACUGGGGGGGGGGAUCUUGCCGACUGGAGGGGCCAGUAAGAGGGCUGUGGGGACAUGUCCCCCCAGUCUAUAUGUUAAAAGAGGCCCUGAAUAAAUAAAAAUUCUACAUUGCAUGUGGUCCCGGUUGUUAUACCAUUGAUAUCGUCGGGAAUUUUAAAUUCAAUGUGAUCUCUCAUAAAUGCGCAAAUUCUGCCGCCAGAUUUGUCAGCUUUCCUGUAAGAGUAAAUACUGUUAUAUCCUGGUAUGUCAUAGUUUAUGUCAAUGUUGUCUUUAAGCCAAGUUUCAGUAAGCGCUAUUAGUGAAAAUUCUAAUUUCAUUAUAUUUAGAAAAGUUUGAAGAGAAUCGACUUAAUUUCUUAAGCUUCUUAUGUUUAGAUGCAGUAGUGAUAAGUAGUUUGGAACUAUGUUUUUACCUUCUACGUACUAAGUUGUUAAAUGUAUUGGUGUAUAUUGUAGACUCAUCAAGGUUUUCAGUUUCAAUAUUAUUUAAACUUUUAAAAGGAUCAAAUACUAAAUUAUUAGUUCUGUUCAUAUGAAUCUCUAAUGUCAAGUUUUCAAUAGUUUGUAAAAAUUCGAGACUAUUUAGGUUAUUAAACGGAAAACAGGAUUCCAAUUUAUUUCCAAACAUUGAUGACAUAUACAAACGAAUCAUUAUUUGAUAUCACACUUUUAGAUCAUCGAUUAGAAUCCUAGUGCAUCCUGUUUUUUGUGUGAAACAUGUUACCACAUAGAUAACAUUUAAUUGACUUAUCAGUAAUUAGCAAGCUGUACAUGUAGCCAGGGCCUCCCAGAAAAAUGAGAAUAUUUAUAUAUAUAUAUAUAUAUAUAUAUAUAUAUAUAUUAUUGGUGUAGACUAAGACAUGAUAUCUGAAGAUAAUUUAAUAAAACCUAAACCUAUUUACGAUAAAAGUUACUCGAGUUUCACGCACAAAGGCGAUCAUCAGACUAAAGUGCUUUUACGGUGGAUUGUAGUUAUAAGCGUAAAAUUUCCUUUCGUGACAACACUUAGCUAUUAAUUCUGAUCUUUUGUUCAGUAGUGAUUGUUUAUCUGCAUUUAAAAUGCAGAUUUUCUCGGAUAGGCACAAGUUGCAUAUCUUUCCUCCACUCCUAUAAGCAUUUGCACGCUUAAGGAUUUUCCACUCGAUUGCGUAAGCUGUGUCGGAUUCCUUUAAUUCCCAGAUGAACUUCGAGAGCGUUGUACUUCCAGCGUGCUCAACAUUGUUGAAGGAUGAUUUGUGGUUUCGGUACCGCGUUUUGAAUUCGUUUUCUGUCAUUCCUAUGUAUAUUUUAGAUGGCUGGUUCGAUGGGGUCACUGUAGCUUGGUAUACAAUGCUCUUUGUCUUGCAUGCAUUGUUUAAUGGGCAGUUAUUCUCGUUUAUAUAUAUAUAUAUAUAUGUAUAUAUAUAUAUAUAUAUAUAUAUAUAUAAAUAUAUAUAUAUAUAUAUAUAUAUAUAUAUAUAUAUAUAUAUAUAUAUAUAUAUAUAUAUAUAUAUAUAUAUAUAUAUAUAUAUAUAUAUAUAUAUAUAUAUAUAUGUAUAUAAAUCACAUUGUGUGUAUGGACAGUUUAUUCUGUUUAACGCCUCCAACUUCCCUUUUCGCAGUCUUUGUACGAAAGAACGUUUUAAUUUGGACUGUAUAGACAGAUUACUUUCAUAGAUGUUUAAUAUAUCGACUCCAAAUUACAAAUAUUUAUACGGAAUUAUACUACACUUCCGCAGAAAAACAUUGCUUUUUUGCGCAAAACAACGCUAUAUUCUACAGAACGAGCAUUAUUUUCUACGGAAGAAGCGUGACUCAAAUGGGCGCCCGCCUAUUUCCUUGACAAGAUGUCAACGGAUGUUAAUUGCAUGGAAACAUUCUGUAUAUUUUAGGCAUAUCGAUGAACGGUUUGCCUGUGUUAAUCUUGCCAAGUAUUGAAAAGAGAUUCAGUUUAUCCGGCAAAGAACUUGGGAUUAUUUCAGCAGCGAACGAUGUCGCUGCUCUUAUUCUCGUUGUUUUUAUCAGUUUCUAUGGUGACUAUGGCAACAAGAUAAAGUGGGUGGGUGGAGGAGCCUGUGUUUCAGGUAAGAUAUUGCCUUUUACAUUUAAGAAAUAAGAAAUAUCUUCCGUGUUUCUAUACAGUUCGUAUAUGCAUGUUAAGCUUCCAAUUACUAUAAAAUUACAUAUUGCUGGCUCAACCUACAAAUAAAAGUGUUAUUAGCAAGCAGAUUUUUUGUAGUUCAUAGCCUAAAGACGGACAGUUAAACUGCCCGAAACAUAGCAAACAUAAUAAAAUAUUGAAAACAGAUCUAGAUUUUCGAAUUCCACAUAAUCCUACGGAGUCAAAAAGAACUAACAUAAUUUAUACUAUGAACGGAGGUGAUAGUUUAAAAAGAAAAUUAACUGUUAUCUGUAGUUUGGGUGAUUUCCAUAUUUAGCUGUAUGCUAUUGGCCAAUCAGAAGACAUGUAUAAUAAUAGCGAUUAAAGGCUAAUUAAAAUGAGAAUAUUUCGAGAGUAGUAUCCUUAAACCUGAAUUAUGGACUUAUAAUUUCCAGUCCCAGGACAAUUAUUCAUUAAGAACUAUUAAAAACACGCGUAGUAGUGUUUAUUUUAUUUAACGUUGACACUGGCCUCGGUUGGUAAAAUACAAAAAUGUGGUUUGAGCUCAAUUCCCUAAAAAGUUCUUCACAGCAGCACAGACCUUUUGAAUGUUCCGUACCGGUAAUGCAUACCAACUUAUGAAUAAUUUAACACCUCAGCGAAGAAUAUCUAAUGCACACAGGUGAACCAAACAGAAACAAAAUGAUUAUGAACAUACGUCCGCUCGGGCGUUUGCUCGGGCGAUAAAUUUAUUAAAUUAUUUAAAUAAAAAAGUUGAGCGAUGUUUAAUUUAAUUUAUUUAAAAGUUGAAUAAUGUUGAAUUAAAUUAAAUUUAAUAGUUUUGUUUGUGGAAACACCACGUAAAUUUAUUACUGCAUAAUAAAUUAUUAUUAAUAAUAAUAAUUAUUAUUAUUAUUAAUUAUUAUUAAUAUAUUAAUUAAAUUUAAUUAAAAGACGCUACAUUUGACUGAAUAUGCACAAGAAUUCCUUCAAAAUCCGCCAUGUUUGGCUUUUGCAUUACGUAAUUGACUGAAGUCAGCUUUCCAUGUAAACAGUCUAGUGGGUUGGACUGGAUUUUAUUACUUUAAGUCCUCGCAGUUAGGAUUUCAAAUCAUACAUAACGAAUCAUAUUUGAGUUGAUAAACUUACAUCAACCGUAAUUCAUUCAAUCCCAGGCUUUGGACUACUUUUGUUCUCGCUGCCUCAUUUCAUGGUUGGACCAUACGAUGUUCCAGACUUUCAACCUGGUAAAGGUGGAAUUUGUGUAUCGUCCAAGAACAAUUCUUCAUCAGGGUCUUGUGACAGCAAUGAUUCUGGAGCUAUGUGGUACUAUAUGUUGCUAUUUGUCAUCGCGCAGGUUAUCCAUGGUGCUGGUAUCUGUCCCCUGUAUUCAUUGGUACCUGCUUACUUGGAUGAAAAUGUUGAACCAAAGCAAAUGCCUGUAUAUAUUGGUCUGUUUUAUCUUUCUGCUCUGUUGGGACCUGGAGUUGGGAUAUUGAUAGGCGGGCAGUUUCUUAGUGUGUUUGUUGACAUUGACCAGGUAAGAAUUUAAAAACGUAUAGGUUCAACGUACAUAAAAAUGAACAUGAAGGAUUUUCAUGAAAUUCGAAAUAAAGAAGAAUCUGAAAGUCAACUUUUACCGUUUGUGUUGGAACUACAAUACAAUGUAAAUUGUUUUCCACUGACAAAGGAUAACUGCAUGAACAUUUUUACCAAUAUUGAAAAUUUGAAUCUUAAGUUGAAAGUCCUAUCAAUGUUGUUUUUAUUGGAAUAAAGGGAGAAUCUUAUGUAUGUCUGUUGGAUUAAUUUAACGAAAUGUUUGGUUCCCGGCCGUUGCGUCCUUCCUCGUUAUAUUUCAAAUGAUCAUGAUUGAAAAACUUGUUAUUUCAUUUUUUAACUCCAGCCAAGUGGAUUGAACCUUACCCCCAAAGAUUCUCGUUGGAUAGGAGCUUGGUGGUUGGGAUUUCUUGUCUUUGGUUUGUUAUUUUUCCUUCUGGCGAUCAUUAUAUCAGGAUUUCCCAGUUCGUUACCUGGAGCCAAGGAACGUCGUGAAAAACACAUCCGUGAGGGGAACCUAAACAAAAAAAGCGACAGCAACGAAGCAAGGCUUAAAGAAAUCUUUCCUGGACUGAAAUCUCUUCUUAUGAAUUGGACAUUGUUGUUUAAUACCAUUGGACUUUCUGUUGAAGUAAUUUUUAUAUAUUCGUUUGUUCCAUUUUUGGGAAAGAUAGUCCAGUUAAAGUUUGGUUUGGAUCCAGUAAGCAAUGGAUACGUAUUGUCAGCCGUUAUGGCACCUACAAUGAUGGGUAUGUAACCGUUUAUUUCCGCCAUGUCACUUUCACUGUAACUUGGGGUUAAAUAUGUAAUUUUUCUUCAAAAAUAACAGCUGCAUUAUGGUUUUCUUUUGUAUAUGAUUUUCAAGUAUCGUUGAUACUCGCAGUAUAUUUUCUUUUAUAUCUCUUGAAAAAUGAACGAAAUUUUGGCCAUAAACGUUUCCCAAACGAUAAGCCAACUCUAGGAAGGUAAUUUUCCUUAAUUCUUGGCCAGAUUAUAUGGGUUUAUGGGAAUUUAGACGAAUUAAGCAAAUUUAAGGCAAAUCAAGGCAAUUGUUGGACUGCUCGGACGAUUUUAUGGUGAGUUAAGCAAUCACCCAUUUAAUUGCAUCAGCGUAUAUACUUGCCCAGUUCUAAUCCAAAUUCGACCGAAUUUCACGUGCUUGCCUUUGAGCUACGUCCAACAUUGUUCCACGUUCUUUAGGUCUUGUGGAGGAAAGCCCUGGUAGUGGUCACGUGAUCAGAUUUUUAAUAAAUGAUGAUAAUGUUUAAUUUAGUGUGGUUAUGUUACCAGGAAGUUUCAUUGUAGUGGUAGUAUGUUGCACUGGUAAAAAUCUUUAUUUACAAUUUAUAAAAUUUAAGACAUAAAUCAAGCUUUCGGACAAAGCGUCCAUGAAAUGGCAUAAAUGAUUAGUCGCUUAAAUACUAUUUAAAUAUUAAUGACCUAACUAAAAUAUUAGGUUUUUGAAUAAUUAGACUAGAAGACAAAAGAGUCAUAAUAGAGUCAUAUUAGCGUAUUAUAGAGUCACAAAGCAUUAUUUAGUCUUUAUCAAUAAGCGUUCUACAAACUUCCGGCAAUGUUCUGCCAUUGUUUCAUUUGGCAAUGGCACUCUUCUCAUUUUCUAUUAUCCAGGCUUCCUUUCAUUUUCUAUGCGACAACCGACUUCCCUUACAUACUAUCUUAGUAUCAUCCCAUAUAAUGCGAUGAUCAUUGUCAACUACAUGUUCUGCCAAAGCUGAGUUUUCCACCUUCCCAUUCUUACACUUGCAUGAUGUUCUUUUAAUCUUGUUCCUAAUGCACGACCCGUUUCACCAAUAUAUUUAACAUCACAAUCCUGGCACGGGAUGGAGUAAACGACGCCUGUUUGAAGUGAGGUAACUUAUCUUUAGGCUUCACUAAAUAAUUUCCAAGCGUUGAAACCGGUCUUAUUGCAACAUUAAUAUUAUGUCUCUCUAACACUCUCUUUAUUUUCUCUGUAGUUCCUUGAACAAAAGGAAGUACUACCAUACCUCUCGCCAUUUCCGUUUCUACUGCCUCAUUAUUAUCCACACCAGCUUCUUUCUGUUUCAUCUUUCUCCUGAUCUUCAAUAAAAAAUCUUUGGGAUAACCAUUAUUCUGUAAAGAUUCAAAAACAUGUUUCUCCUCUUUUCUUCGACUCGUUUCAUCUGAACUGACUUUGUCUGCUCUGUAGCACAACGACUUUAAUUGGCAACGGACGUUUUAUGUUGGAGAGGAUGAUGUGACGAGAAGUUCAGAUAUCGGUCCGAAUGUGUUGCCUUUCUAUAAACCGACGUCUUAAUAGACCCAUCUUGACUCAACAAGUUUUAACGUAUCCAGAAAUGGUAUACCCCUUUCCUUAUAAUGUUCGAUGGUAAACUGUAUAUGAGGAUUUUGUGAGUUUAAAUGUUUAUGGAAAUCAUUAAUACUAGACUUCUUUACCGCCGAAAGUGUAUCAUCAACAAACAUAUAAUACAACCUUCGACGUUGUGGGAAGGUAUCUAAUGCUUUAGUCUCCAGGUGUUCUAUUACUAGAUUUGCCACCACGACUGACACUGGCGAGCCCAUCGCAAUUCCGUGAAUUUGUUUUUAAAAAUUCUCCCGGAAUUGAAACUCCGUCGAAUUCAAACAAAAAGCCAAUAGUUCAAUAAUAUCUUGAGGCAUAAGCGAUGUCCUUUCCCUUAGAGUAGGGUCGUUCUCCAAUCUAUUCAAAGCAACAUCUAACGCAAUGUCGGUAGGAAUCGAGGUAAAUAGAGAUAUAACAUAAAUGAAAUAAGCUCCUCGUCAUUGUUCAAUUUCCAUUGUUUAGCUUUAUUUACCCACUCGUACGUAUUGCGGAUAUGAUAUUCGUUCUUACCAACCUAGGGUGAAAUAAUCAGCGAUAAAUACUUAGAUAAUUGGUAUGUCGUGGAUCCGGAAAAACUGACCGAUCGGUCUCAAAGGGUUAUUAUUCUUAUGGAUCUUAGGCAGGCCGUAUAUCCUCGGUGUUGGGCCGUCAGUUGUCUUCAACUUCUUAAGUAAAUUCUCAUCCAUUCUCUCCGCUUUUGAUGAGAGAAGCUUUUUCAUCUCUUUUUCACAUACAUUCCUUGGGUCUUUCUUGAGCUUCUUGAGCCAGGAUUGUGAUGUUAAAUAUAUUGGCGAAACGGAUCGUGCAUUAGGAACAAGAGUAAAAGAACAUCAUGCAAGUGUAAAGAAUGGGAAGCUGGAAAACUCAGCUUUGGCAGACCAUGUAGUUGACAAUGAUCAUCGCAUUAUGUGGGAUGAUACUAAGGUAGUAUGUAAGGAAAGUCGGUGGUCGCAUAGAAAAUGGAAGGAAGCCUGGAUUAUGGAAAAUGAGAAGAGUGCCAUUGCCAAUAGGGACAAUGGCAGAACAUUGCCGGAAGUUUGUAGAACGCUUAUUGAUAAAGACUAAAUAAUGCUUUGUGACGCUAUAAUACGCUAUUAUGACUCUUUUGUCCAGUGUCUUAUUAUGGCUCUUUUGUUGACUCUAUAAUACGCUAAUAUGACUCUAUUAUGACUCUUUUGUCUUCUAGCCUAAUUAUUCAAAAACCUAAUAUUUUAGUUAGGUCAUUAACAUGUAAAUAGUAUUUAAGCGACUAAUCAUUUAUGUCAUUUUAAUCCUGACGAUGGACGCUUAGUCCGAAAGCUUGAUUUAUAUUUUAAGUUUUUUAAACUGUAAAUAAAGAUAUUUACCAGUGCAACAUACUACCACUACGAUGAUAAUGUUGAUAAAUAUUUAUAUUUAUACUUUAAUUUAUAACUUGAUUUGAUUUUAAACAAAUUGAAAAUAGUUAAUUAAAAAUCUGUUUGAUUUUAGCACAUCAUUUAACCGGCUCCAACCAGGCUCUUUUCUCAACAAGAGGUGAGAGCCUGGGAACGAGGUUGAACUACGCCCUGUAGCUUCAAAACCUUUGAUAUUUUACCGUUUGAAAAACACGUACACAAACGAAUAAACCGAGAUGAAAACAUAACUUUCUGCCAAAAGUAAUACUAACUGUAAUCCCACCAAGCCGUGCUGUAACGAGUCACCAACACGUCAAGUCAAGUCACGAGUCGAGUCACCCAAAGGUCGAAUCACGAGUCGAGUCAUUUUACCAUUUGGUCGAGUCAAUGGCUUUCUCUAAAGUGGAAAUAUCAUUAUCUACACUAAGAAUUACUUUUUAUUUUUUCUUUCAAGUCUUUGAGGACUCUUGUCAACUUAUCCAGCUAUAAUAUUUUUGAUAAAUUUAAUCUGAACAAGUUGUAGUUCAUUUGAAUCCAGUUAUUUCCGACAGAAAUCAACAAGUCGAGUGCAAGUCAAGUCAUUUUUGCGUAUUCGACUCGAGUCAUUUUUUGUAUUCGACUCGAGCCCAAGUCAAUGACUCGACUCGGUACAACACGGCCACCAAAUAUCUGUGGUAUCAUCAAAAUAUGUUUCGAGCACAGGGCGUAACAACCGGAUGUCCAGAGACGGGGGCCCCCACGCCUGAGGUGCCUCGGCAAAAGUGACCAAAACAUUUUUGCUAGUACAGUCAGGGCAAAUUUUUCCAAGCCUCAGUUAUACAGGGCCAGAAAUUUGAAACGUGUGGCUACCCAGCAUGAGCUCCACCUCUGAAUUUACCAUAUGAGUAAAUUCUUAAACUCAUCCGAACAUAUCAUUAUGAUAAAUUUCCGAAUUUAUCAUUAUGAUAAAUUCGCGGCACAUUUUGAAUUUAUUAUAAUGAUAAAUUCGCGGCCCCUAACCCCUAACACUAAUCCUAACCCCAACCCUAACCUUUAACCUCUAACCACUAACCCCUACCCACUAACCCCUAACCCCUAACCCUAAUCUAACUUUUUAAACUUUUUUAAAAAUCUAACUUUUUAAACUUUUUUUUCUUUUUUAAACUUUUUUAAAACUUUUUAAAAACUUUUAAUUUUAAACUUAUUUUUUGAAAAUCUUCCCAAAAGGUCUCACUAAUGCAAAUACUUUUAUGAUUAAACUCUAUUGAUAAAUUCAAAAUAUGCCGCAAAUUUAUCAUAUUGAUAAAUUCGGACAUGUUCAAGAAUUUACUCAUAUAGUAAAUUCAAAGGUUGGGCUCAUGUUGGGCCCUCAAAAGCAGGAAUUAGUGAAAUUUGGACCCCUUUUUAGUAGAUAUGGAUGUGGAAAAAUUUUGUGACUAUCUUUUUAAUUGUUAUAGUGGCCAAUUUAAAAUUUGACGGGGGCCUCCGAAGGUUGCGUUACGCCACUGUUCUAGCACGCCCAAAUAUAUCUCUUUGAUGUGGACUUCAAUCCCAACCCUGAUCUGAUUGAUCAUAACCAUCUGGUGUGCCGAAGAUGAGGACGUUACUCAAAGGCCCCGUUUACAUGAGACCGGUACGAAGUCAAACAGGAAUGAGAAUUGAAAUUGUCAACUUGUUUAAAUGACACUGGUACGAAAAUCACAAAAUUUUUAAUUUAUUUCUCUUGCCAGGCAAUUUUAUUUUUUAGAUUGCUUUUGUCAGCAUGUUUUGUUCCAAUGUCAAGGUUACAGCGGAGACCGGUCUGGAAUGUAUUUGUGUUUACAUUCAUCCCGGUCUGUAUUCAUGCUCGUGUCGCAGGAAAUUUGGCCCCCCUUCGAAAAUUUGGCUCCCUCCAAAACAUAGUUUACUUUAUCGCUAUAAGCUCGGAAAUCGUGAAACUUCUUCUAAAACCAAGAUCCUAAAAGUGUUUGUCAGUAUUUAUAGUUAGUUUGUAUAAUUUAUUUGUGUCGAAAUUCUUCAUUGCGGCCAAGAGCAAAAAAUUUGAAGCAUAGAAUAAAGAUCCAUAUAGAAGGGCCAGUUACGUCGGAAGCUUUGAAGUCUCUGUCCUCACGCAUGUCGCAUUACGCAUGUUGGCCGCCAUUUUCCUAGCCAGUCAAUGACAUUUUCUGGCCAAUAAACUCGCUGUACUGGCUGGCUGCUCCGCCUUCUGGCCAGUACACUACAUAUUUUUGCAUAAAAAAACGCGGACACGUUGCACCGCUGAGUGGCCCUUCUGUUACUGAUCUUUAUUCUGUGGUUUGAAGGGAAGCGUAAUAAUAAUAAUGUGCUAGUGCAGUCAUACCAGACAUAUCACACAUGCAUGGGUAUCUGUAUCAUAAUGGCUUAACUUUAAGCUAAUUAUAAGGACAUGAAACGAUUUUUAGAAAUGGGAAUUUCUAAGAUAUUACAAGUUAUAAUUGUUUUUGUUUGUGGAAACACCACGUAAAUUUAUUACUGCAAAGCUUUCGAUCCGUAAGCCCGGAUCUUCAUCAGUGCUAAUAAUAUGACUUAUUUUUCACCCUGCUCGGUUUCCUUUGUUCUUGUCGGGGGAAUAUAUUCAAUAUUCCCUCUAAUCAAUUUCCGUUUAAUAAUCCCCUCUAAUAUUCACCUGCAAUGUCUUUGCCGCACAAAAAAUAAGAAAAAAACAACAUAACAAAGGCAAUAUGACAUUAAGAAUUAUUUCUAUUCUUACUCAUUAAUGCGACCUCGCAGUGUGAAAAAUAAGUACGUUAUUUUGAGGCACCUCGGGGAUAUGUGUUUAUUCACCUCGGCGCUGGGCGCCUCGGUGAAUAAAUCACAUAUCCCCUCGUUGCCUCAAAAUAACCUAUACAUAUUAUUAGCACUAAUGAAGAUCCGGGCUUACGGAUCGAAAGCUUUGCAGUAAUAAAUUUACGUGGUGUUUCCACAAACAAAAACAAUUAUAUUUUAUCGCCAUGCAAACAUUCAAAGAACUUAUAUUACAAGUUAUUUAGAUCUAUAAAUUCAGCCACAUAGUAUAAAAUUUGCCAGAAUAACAACCACACUUUAGCAAACGUGACAUCAUGCGUUGGCAAAUAAGUGCACGCGUCUAAUAAAUAACAGGAGGGAUUAGCAUUAGGGUAAAAGUAGACUUUUAAGUUUAAAUUAGUGGUUAUAUCGUAAAAAAAACUUUUCCUAUGCAUUUUAUUUACAUACACACAGUAUAUGUAAUCAUUCAUGCGGUUGGGAUGAUUACAGAAACAUUCCGUAAAAACAAAAGUAGACUGCAUGCUUCUGUCAUGGCUCACAAAAACAUUCCGCGCACACAAAAGCACUAAGGUUUGUUCAAACCUUUGUGCUUUUGUGUGAGCGGAAUGUUUUUGUGAGCCAUGACGGAAGCAUGCAAUCUACUUUUAUUUUUACAGAGUGCUUCUGUGCUGACUGACUGUACUUAUUAGAUUCUAAUGUACUUAUGGACGACUGUCUGUACCUAUUAGAUUCACUCAAUGACUAACAAAACAUUCCGUAUAUAAAAAUACGCAAACUGACUACAAAUGCUGAGAAACAUUUCUAGAAAUUUGGUUUUAGUAGAAGCUUUAUGAUUUCCCAGCCUAAAAAUAAAGUAAACUAUAAUUUUUUAGGGGGGGGGGCAAGAAAUUUCCGAAGGGGGGAUGUUUUCUAGGAGAUAUGGCCCGAGGGGGGCAAAUAUCCUGUGAGACCGGUCUGAAAUCAGUCGGUUCGGUCCAGCAGGCAUAAUAACUUGAGACAUUUUUGAGUUAUUUUUGUCCCGGUCUCUUGUAAACAUCUAUUAUAAAUAAUACUAUGACCCAAACGAAAUGGUCCCGGUUUGACUUCGUUCCGGUAUCAUGUAAACGGGGCCAAAGUCUUCUAUUCUAUUAAUUAUCUCUUUCCAAAUACGAGAAUUUCUACUCAUUGUAUAGCGGGGGUUAUUCUUGGCGCUCUUGUUGUGCGUCAGUUUCCAAUCAAAAGUGUUUGUAAGAGAUCAGCUUUCUACGUUGUCGUGAGCCAGUCGUUCGCGAUGAUCGUGCCGUUUCUGAUAUUGUUACCUGGAUGUCUGAAUGUUAACAUGGCUGGAGUUUCCACUUCCUAUACAGAUAGGUAAGGAAUUAUUUCAGCGCUAAAACUAAUAUUUACAGUAUAUAAUCCAAUAAUUGUAUUUCCGGCGUAAAAGUUGAUCAAAUCAUGAUUAGAUCCAAUAUUAUUUGAUAUAAACAGUUGUAAAUUUUAAAAUGACCCAGGGCGUGGGAGACUUCAACAACAACAACCCCCUCCUCCCUUAACACUCAUUAAAAUAAAUUUCCUAUCGUUUCUUAACUAGUUCAGUUUAGAUAUUCAGAAAUAAAAUUAUUGGGCAAAAUCAAUCCAUUUUCUACCUUCCACAUUUAAAAAAGACAAAUUCCUUGCUGACGAGCUUAUCUCAUUAUUUAUUGUCUUUAUUGCAUUUGACGCAAUCAAAAUUCGACGUAUAAAACAAGCCUAAAAGAAAGAUUGGAUGUGCAGAGAAUAUGCCAUUUUGUUCGCUUUGCAUUUCAGACAGUAAAUAUAUAUAGGACACCAUUAGGUUCUCCCACUGUGAUCUUGAGGGAGGUUUGCUACUCUUAUAUGUAAUGUUUACUCACGGAGCACAGCGACGGUGUAAGACACUGUUAGGAAUUAAUCUUACCCACCUUGUGAAGAUUCCCUUGAUGGAGGUAACGGAAUACCAGGAAAAGAUCCACGGUUUUCCGUAGGGCGUUGACUGACUCUUUUCACAUAUAAAUGUUACAAGUCCACAACGAGAAUCGAACACACAUUCAAAACCACAAUCUCAGACGUGGAAAAACGCUUGCUCUGGUAAUUUCGCCACCGAAGUUCUCUGUAGUGUAGUGCGGCUUACCUGAUCAUUUUUCCUAUUGAAAGCAUAAGGUGUAGGGAAGAAAAAAACUUAGGAGGGUGGCCAAACAUUAGCUCGACGCUCGGGAAAUUUCCCGAUCCCCCAAAUGUUUCCUUAGAGGGGGCGGUGGAGAAAAAUUGUCGAAACGAACAUUAACACAUUCUGAAACAUGGCAUAUUUCUUUCUGCUUCCACCAAUUUUAUGUGCGCCGCUUUUCCCGGCCUUUUAAUCAUCUUUAAGUGCAUAUGUCGAAAGGCUAUAAGUCCCCCUUGACCUCCUUUGUCCACUACCUAUGUGUAUUAAAACACUCUGCAUGCAUAUUAAAACUGCCUCUAAGCAAAGGUACACUUCCCCCAUUUUGCGGAAUUGGAAGGAAAAUUAAGUCUGUGUUGUGUAAACGAAACUUAUUGGGGAUAGUUGAGCAUGGGGGCGGGGUCCUUUCCCUCUCUUAGUGUGUGAAAAGAGGCCCUGAUUUAGUGUGAACUUGCAUUUAAAGAAUUAUUUUUCCCACUAAACAUUUCAAUAAUGGGCUUUGCUGCCCAAAUACGAUAUUAUGUAGCUCAAGCAUAAGAAAAAAAACAUUUUAAACUUAUUUUCUAAAGGCAAAAACAAGGCAAAGUGAAACAAAACAAAAAGUGCGCAAAAAUAAUCAUAAUUGAAACUACUGUUAACUUUUUGCUAGAAUAAACUCCACUCAUGAGCAAGUCAUGGCAACAUACUCUACGGAUGUACUUAUUUCUCAAUGUAACGUCAACUGUAGCUGUAGCAUAGAUCACUUUACACCUGUGUGCGGGUCGGAUAGUAUUGUCUAUCCAAAUCCCUGUUAUGCAGGUUGCACCGCAACAUAUGAUAACAAGGUCAGUAAGUAAUCUUUGCGUAUUUUGAAUAAAAUUUAUAACUUAUAAUAUCAGGAUUUUGCACAUCUCAUUCAAUAUGACUGAAUAUAUGUAGAUGCAAUUUUUGUAGAUGAAAUUUUUGAACAAAAAUUUUAUACAAAUUUAGUCAGACACUAUAUAUAUAGAAGACUUGUGGUUAAUUCUCGAAAAUUCUACUCCAUAUUGUAGUCAUUAGAGCGCUGCAUCGGAAUCGCAGAGCCGCAGGUUUGAUUCUGGACGGGCCUAAAGUUACAUUCUUACAUUUUAAUUUAAAUUAUUAUUAAAAUUCAAGGAUUAAACAAAUGCUUUUAUUAAAGAGUGAGUAUCAUGCCAGUGAUCCUUUGGGCGCUUGGCGUCACAGAAAAUGGCUGACUCUUGAAAUAUUAAUAAGUGAUCUCCAAGAUUUAAUAGGUAUUGGCCCAUAUUUAUCGGAAUCGUAUUGAAAAACAAAUCUAUUCUUCUGUUAAACGAAGUAGGUCAUUAUAUCUUGUGAAAUGUUGCGUUUUUUAUGCAAAACGAUUGUAAUGAAAGUAUAUUCAUCAAACACAGCCGAAUAUAAACAUAAAAUGUAAACACAAGCGUGCAAAGGAUCAUUGGCAUGAUACUCACUCUUUAAUGUUGUUCAUGUUGUUUUUACAAUACUACAUUGUAUACGAAUAAUUGCGCGAUGUUUUUAUAACCGUCAAUGCACACGCGAGUAUAUGCCAAAUGUUUUCUUUUUCGCUCUUGUCUUAUUAUACCUUUUGUCUGGCUUUGAAUAGAGUUUCGGGAGUUGUUCCUGUAUCGUGACGGAUACAAGUAAAUCUGGUACAGCAAGACAAGGAUACUGUGACCGUGAUUGUAAGAAUCUGGCUAUCUUUUUUGUCUUCAUUGGUAUCUGCUUGUGCGUGUUCUUUUCAUGCAUCGUUCCAUUAACGACUGUUGUUCUAAGGUACAAUGAAUAAUAAUCGAAUUUAUUAUAAUUAUAAAGCUCAUUAAUCCCCGAGCCGACGGCGCGAAGCGCCGUGCAAGGGUACUAAUUCCCCCCGGGUAUUUAAAACCCGGGGAAACGAAAGCAUUAGCGAAGGCUAAAGUUCAUCAAUUAUCGCGG